AUGAACAAAUGGACACGGCGAGGGCUGCUGCCCUUCGACAUCAUCCUAUCGGCCCUGCUUUUCUCAUCAUCAACCACCGCCGAGUCAUACCCAAUGGCAGUCAGCCCUGUGAUAGAAGAUGGACUUGUGAACAGAGCACCAACAACAUGUCCAGUCGCACAAGAUGGCUACACAUACAAUACCUUUCCCUGGACGCAUGAGCCCGUAUGCGUGGAUGCAGUUAUUUCCAGUAGCGAAGGUCCCAGCUUAAAACAAACAUUUUGCGCCUACACGAACGUGAACUACAACAAUGGGCGCGGUGUCAGCUUUGUUGUAACACCAGAAACUGCUGCAAGUAUUACCUUCGAUACCUAUGGAAUGGCGAUCGGCGGUCUUGAAGGUCAGAUUGGCGAAGAGAUGGGAAUGUGGGAGGUCAACGAGACGAAAAACAUGGGCAAAGGGUUAUUUGCCAAGAAAGACAUUGGCGCCAUUUUUGCUGGCGAGAGCAUCAUUGUCAAAACGCCAGUUCUGUUCGUUGCACGGCAAUUGCUCGAAACAGACUUUUCGGAGCAGAGUGAGAUUGUCUGGAGUGCUGGGGUGGCCCUGGAAGCUUUCGAUAUCACCAAGACCAACGCUAUUGAAGUGAAAUGGCCAUGGGUUAAUGACAUGCCAGUGUUACUCUCACUCACGCCCGAAAUUGCUCGCAUCAACCACGCAUGCAGACCAAAUGCGGCAUGGCGCUUCAACGACUACACACUUGCUUUCGAUCUGUUCGCUCUUAAAGAGAUCAAGCCAGACGGUUAUGAAAUGCGCGCGCACAGACGACGCAUGAAAUCUCUCGAGGCAAACCACAACUUCCAAUGCAUGUGCUCGCUCUGCACUGCCAGCGAGGCCGAAAUUGAAGCAUCCAAUGACCGCCUCUCUGAGAUCAAGGCCUUGAAGUCCGUGCUGCCUAGCGACACAGCGGACUCCCCGCAACUCCUCGGCCUACUUCCCAACCUGAUCAAGCUCUACGACGACGAGGAUCUACACACGGAAACGCCCAUGUACGAAGAAAUCCUCGCGCUCACAUUUUCUAGCUUCGGAAUUGCGCACCGCGCAAAGUACUGGGCUGGCCGGGCGAAGAAGCAUUGGGCAGUGCUUUUGGGCCAGGAGAGCUGGGAAGCGAAAAGGUGUGGGGAUCUUGAGGAUGAUGUUAGGAUGCACGCGACGUGGAAAUCAUGGAAGGGCGAGCCAUAUGACGGGUAUGAAAAUGGACACGAUUACGACCACGCUGGUGGUGAGGGUGAACAGGCGGAUGAGGAUGGCGAGGAUCUGAGCGAUUAUGACCAGCGUCCUGAGAGAGACCAGUUUCGGGGACAUAUUUGA